AGGGACAAGGGUGUGGGUUAACUGCCAAAGAGCUGACGACAGGAAAUGGAACCCUCUGCCUCUUAAAACAUUUCAUCUGGUAAAAUGGAGAGAGACUGAUGAACUACUGGAAAGGGCAGUUUAUGUGCAAAACAGCAGGGCGUAGUGCAUACACACACUCGUACUUCAGAGCAGAAGACAUCUAAAUAUAGUUCUAGACUUGAGCUGAUGAUGGCUUGUCUUCAAGUGGUGACAGUAUUUCUGGCUGUUUCCUGUUGCAUAUGUCAGGAUUCCAAUGCAUUCAGACUUCGGAACCCUAUACUCCGUGGCCCUGCAACUGCUCUCAGGAAAAGCAUUGUGGAUUUCCACUGUAUGGUGGAAAGAGACAGAGAUGACGACAGAAACCUGUUCUAUGAACUCUACAAAGUGAAUGACACUCAGUCAAAAGGCAUGUUCAGCACUCUUGAUAAUGAUCAGCCUGAGGCAAAAUUCCCAGUCUGGAUCAAACCUACUCAUGAAGGUUAUUACUACUGUAAGGCCAGUGUGCAGAACCGCUCAGAGGUAAUGCCUACGUACAGUAGCCACCACUACCUAGCUGUGAUAGAGCCGGUGGAGGGGGCUCACGUUCGCUCCGACCCGUCUCCUCAUGAGCUUUUUGAGGGGACAACACUGAGACUCUCAUGCAGCAUAACCAAAGGAAGCCAUGUUUCAUACACAUGGUUUUUCAAUGGAAGACCAGUGGUAGACGGAAUAGCACAAAACACCAUGAGCGUUCACAAUACCACUAUCACUGACAGUGGAGACUAUGUCUGCUUCGCAUCCAAUGCUGUGGAAAACACUUCAAUUUACACAUCCAACAGCAGCACAAGCAUCACCAUCAAAGAGAUUCCCCGAGAGGUGAAGGUCUCGUUCACUGUAGUGAAAGAAAGAGACGGACACUACUGGGCUCAGGUCGUAUGUAGAUCUGUCGGAGGAACACCACCCAUAACCUUUGCACUGUUUAACAAUUCCGAAGGAAUAGAUGAACAAAACACUGAGCACCUCAACGCAACAUUCCUAGUUCCCAUAGAUUUAGAUCAACACAUGGGCGAAUUGAUGUGUCAAGCCUCGAAUGGGAAAACACCUCAACACAGCUCUCCCAUGCGUCUAGAAGCAGUAAGAGUGGGCGGGGCCUUAGUGAUGACUUAUGAACGCAUCAUGGAUGACAACUUCCAGGUCAUCAGGCUGCAGUUCCACUGCCAGGUGGAGAGGGGCACACUUCCCCUCUAUAGAUGGUUCCUCAACAACGUCCCACUGACCAUGAGAGGACCUUCACAUUGGGUCUGGUCCCAAGAUAAUUCAACCCUCUUGGUUGACCUCAACCCAAGUAUGUCUGGAGAAAUCCACUGUGAGGCUUUUAACAGCUUUGACAAAGAUAUCAGCGUGUCCAGUCAGAGGACACUCAUCAGUAAGGAAGCAUCCAACCGACUGCCAGUGAUGGUGGUGGCUGUGGUGUUUGGAUGUUUCUUCUUCUUAGUAACGGUCCUGACGGGUUGCUGUUUUUAUGGAAUAUACAAGUGGAAGCAUAAUCCUGACAAGCUUUCAAGACAAAAUGGGAGAUCAACAGAGAUGGAUGAUAUGAAAGCAACGUGCAUUUCUGAAGGCAACAAGGACUGCGGGGAAAAUACAUCUGUGGCCAAAGAAGUGGGGGCUGAUGAUCUGGAAGGGGAGUAUGUGGAUGAAUGGCCUGAAAUAGAGGAGCCUUGGAACUGAUCGGUAUAGAAGAGGCAGCAGAGAACUCCUCAUUAAUAUGCAUAAGACCUGGCACAAAAGGAAGAUCAGACAGAACUGCAUUUCAAGUGGACUGCGUCACGCCCCCGUACCCUUACCUUACUGCCAUCCACCUCUGGACAACUGUCACCUCUAUUCCUCCAAAGACACAUAGCCAACUAUGCACUAAGCACAUGCCAAGCCAGCAAAAACCUUCUUAUAACUCUUACUGACAAGGUAUUCUGCCUUCUAUAUCCCUUCAUUUAGCAAAUAUUUACCCGUUUAGCAGACACUUUUAGCUAAAGCGACAGUUCUGUGCAUAUAUAUUUUUUCAUCAGAAUGUGUGCUGGCUGGGUAUUGAGCUCCAAUGGCGCUGGCGGUUCAAACCUUUAUAUAAGCAUACAAUUGUGAACCUGAGGAAGCUAAGGGGGUCCGGGGGCAUGCACCUGCAUAAGAACAUUUAGUAAAAUAACACGUAAAUAGGCAAGUGUGACAUUGUGUAGUGCGAAGUGCGGUGAGCCUGAUUAGUAUUAAACUAAAUUGUCUGGAUAGCAGCCAGUAGCAUUAUAGACUAUGAACCAAUAUACACAUAAAUCUAAUUUUUAAGACACAUAUCUUAGCUUGUGAUUUGGUCCAACAUAACAUGGCAGAGAAUUUGAAUUAAGUUGUGGAUGUGGUUGACUAUUGGAAGUGGCUAUUUCAGUGCUUUAAAAGUUACAUUAUGUAACAGUUUUACCUUAAAAUAACCACGCCUAGUGCGCCUGGUAUUGCACUGUAACAUGUAACUUUAGGGUACAGGGCGGGAGACCUCUUGCGAGAACUCCGUAAUGCUUUAUGUCACCACCUCACGCAACAUCAACUAGACCCAGCUGCAAGCUAUAAGAGGAAGCUGGCGCAGUAUUUUCUGUAUGGACAUCAUGGCAGAGGGGAUGAAGAAACAGAGAAAGACGUUGUUGGAGGAAGCAAGGAAGGGAAAAAGAGAGAGUAACCGGGCAAGAAUCUCGGAUUGGCUGUUACUCGUUGGCGAGAGAAAGAAGGAUGCAAGUCAGAUGCUGAGCUGGCCUUCUUUCUGUUGGACUGAUAACUUAGAAGCUGUUUUGCUAUGUCUUGUGUUGCACUUGCUUGAUGUUUGGCUGGGUUAGUAAAGUUGUCAAAUCACUAGUUUUUCAUCAUGAACAUCACUGACAAUGUUAUUUAUGAAAGAAUAUGACAAUCGGUGUCAUCCCUGUCUCACAGAGAUUUGUUGUUUUUCCAGAUGCCCAAAAUCAUCGAACGCACUCUUGGAUCCAAAUGAAUUAAUUUUGUGUCAAAAA